UUUGACAAUAUCGUCACGAAGUGGGCAAAUCCCAUCUAUAAAAAAAGGCGUAAAUCUCCCAACCCUAGCCACUUUAGUUUUCCUCGAUCGGCAGACAAUUCCAUUCUCAACGCUUCAAAGCUUUUUUCCAAUUAGGUUUUCAAGAUGCAAAUCUUUGUUAAAACCCUCACUGGCAAGACCAUCACCCUUGAGGUGGAGAGUUCGGACACCAUUGACAAUGUGAAGGCAAAGAUCCAAGACAAGGAAGGAAUACCACCAGACCAACAGAGGCUUAUUUUUGCUGGCAAGCAACUUGAAGAUGGCCGCUCACUGGCUGACUACAACAUCCAGAAAGAGUCCACGCUCCACCUGGUGCUUAGACUUCGAGGUGGUAUGCAAAUCUUUGUCAAGACUCUGACUGGAAAGACGAUCACCUUGGAGGUUGAAAGCUCUGACACUAUUGAUAAUGUCAAGGCUAAGAUCCAAGACAAAGAAGGAAUCCCUCCAGACCAACAGAGGCUUAUCUUUGCUGGAAAGCAGCUUGAAGAUGGUCGGACACUGGCUGACUAUAACAUCCAGAAGGAGUCCACCCUCCACUUAGUGCUUCGUCUUCGUGGUGGCAUGCAAAUCUUUGUCAAGACUCUCACCGGAAAGACAAUUACAUUGGAGGUCGAGAGUUCGGAUACCAUUGAUAAUGUGAAAGCCAAAAUUCAGGACAAAGAAGGAAUCUCAUCAGACCAACAAAGAUUGAUUUUUGCAGGAAAACAGCUUGAAGAUGGAAGAACUCUUGCUGAUUAUAACAUCCAAAAGGAGUCUACUCUCCAUCUGGUUCUCCGCCUUCGUGGUGGUAUGCAGAUCUUUGUGAAGACUCUUACUGGAAAGACCAUCACUUUGGAAGUUGAAAGCUCAGACACAAUUGACAACGUGAAGGCAAAGAUCCAAGAUAAGGAGGGUAUCCCCCCAGACCAGCAAAGACUCAUUUUUGCUGGCAAGCAACUUGAAGAUGGAAGGACGUUGGCUGACUAUAAUAUCCAAAAGGAGUCGACUCUUCACUUGGUGUUGCGCCUGCGUGGUGGUAUGCAGAUCUUUGUAAAGACUCUUACCGGGAAAACCAUCACUUUGGAGGUCGAAAGUUCAGACACGAUUGACAACGUGAAGGCAAAGAUCCAAGACAAGGAGGGUAUUCCCCCAGACCAGCAAAGGCUCAUCUUUGCCGGCAAGCAGCUUGAAGAUGGGAGGACAUUGGCAGACUAUAAUAUCCAAAAGGAGUCAACCCUUCACUUGGUGUUACGCUUGCGUGGUGGGAUGCAGAUCUUUGUAAAGACCUUAACCGGGAAGACAAUAACAUUGGAGGUUGAAAGUUCAGACACCAUAGACAAUGUUAAGGAAAAGAUUCAAGACAAGGAAGGAAUCCCACCAGAUCAGCAGAGGUUGAUUUUUGCUGGAAAGCAGCUGGAGGAUGGGAGAACUCUUGCAGAUUACAACAUACAGAAGGAGUCCACUCUGCAUCUUGUCCUUCGCCUUCGCGGUGGUUUCUAAGUAAGGAUGGUCUGUGUUUGUAGGUGGCCUUUUCGGCCUUUAAAUGAUGUCUAAGCUUGUUUGAACUAUAGCUAUAUGUUUGGUUUUCAGAUUUGAAUGGGUUGCUUGUGUGAUGGCUGUUUCAGCUUUAAAUCUGGUUGGCCAUAAUGGCUUACUUCUAUUAGACCUAUAAUAACGAAUUUGCUUUGGCUUUUA